CUGGUCGCCGCCUGGUCGCCGCUGGAGGAGGAACCUCCGGAAGUCUGGACUUCGUCGACCGAGUAGGCUGGGUCUUUCGUCAACUGCAGACCCUUGGACACAGUUUUUUAUUUCAGUGGUCUUUGGGCAGAUUAGUGGUGCACGUUUUUACUCGGGGAAACCCCGUCGAUUUUGGAGGAGUUCAUCAACUAGUUGGCGCAUUUUAAACAUCUUGCAUUAGCUGGCAAUACCUUAUUUUGCCUUCCGCAAGAAGAGAUUUGCAUAAAUUACCUCUGCUCUACUUGAGAUUACUGAAUCACACGUGGGCCUUCGCCUUUGGAACAAAAUGCAACGAGUGCAGUUUGUGAAAGACUCGUUUGCUGGUUUGGAUGCUUUCCAAAAGCAGAUUCUGAUUGGGACAGGUGUGGCUGCAGGGGUUGCGCUGGUGUACAUUCUGCACAGAAGAUGCCAAAAAGUCCGAACUAUUCCUCCUGGUGAAGGAUGGUGGGGAGCAGGCAAGAGGCCGCAGUCAGAGGAUGACAAGAUCUAUUCCUUUGAGGUGCAAACCUCAGAUGAUGAAAUUAAGGACCUCCAUGAGCGCAUUGACAAAGCCCGCUAUGCUGACCCUCUGGAAGACAGCGCCUUUCAGUAUGGGUUCAAUUCAACGUAUCUUAAGAGUGUGGCUUCCUACUGGAGACAUGAGUUUGACUGGAAAAAACAAGUGGCGGUGCUUAACAAAUAUCCACACUUCAAAACCAAAAUAGAAGGAAUAGAUGUGCAUUUCAUCCAUGUGCGUCCUGCUCAACACAAGAAUCAAAAGGUUGUCCCACUUAUGCUUGUUCACGGCUGGCCAGGCUCCUUCUUUGAAUUCUACAAGAUCCUGCCACUCCUCACGGAGAACCACAAUGGUCUUACCUUUGAGGUCAUAUGCCCAUCUAUACCUGGCUAUGGUUUCUCUGAGGCCCCUCAUAAACAAGGCUUUAACACUCUGGCUGCUGCUAGAAUUUUCCUGAAGCUGAUGGAGCGUUUAGGAUUCUCCCAGUUCUAUCUGCAGGGAGGAGACUGGGGCUCCCUCAUCACCACCAACAUGGCACAGAUGAAACCUCAGUGUGUGAAAGGCCUCCACUUAAACAUGUUUACGUCAAGAAAAGGGUUUAAAGUGAUGUUGUCCCUCCUGAUUGGCCCUUACCUGCCCUUCUUGGUGGGCCUGAGUAGCGAAGAUGUUCGCCGCAUGUUCCCGUUCUUUGAAAAGAACGUGUGGGAAAUCUUGAGGGAAUCUGGGUACUUUCACAUUCAGGCUACUAAACCCGACACAGCAGGCUGUGGAGUGAAUGACUCUCCUGUAGGCUUGGCUGCAUACAUUCUGGAGAAGUUCUCCACCUGGACUGACCUGAAGAACAAAGACCUGGCGGAUGGUGGACUGAAAAGGAAAUAUAGCCUCGAUGACCUCCUGACAAACGUUAUGAUCUACUGGACCACAGGCUCCAUCGUCUCAUCCAUGCGGUUCUACAAAGAAAACUUCAAGGAGAAUCCAGAAAACAGGGUGGAUUCAAGGACACGUAUAUAUGUUCCUACUGGACUGGCUGCCUUCCCUGGGGAGCUGAUACACUGCCCUAAAUCGUGGGCCCAAAUCAGGUUUCGUAACAUUGUGUCCUACACGUUCAUGCCUCGUGGUGGUCACUUUGCUGCCUUUGAGGAGCCUCACCUGUUUGCCACUGAUCUCAUUCAGUUUGUUCAAAAAGUGGAGACGCUUUGAACGUGCAUGAUUUUGAAAGGGUUUACUCCCAUAUUUGCUUACCUUGUAUAGCAGGGGUCACCAACGUGGUGCCCGCGGGCACCAGGUAGCCCCCUACGACCACAUGAGGUGCCCGCAAGCCUGCUUUUCAUUCAGGUUUUCAGUUAAUAAUGAAAGAACAGUAGAAAGAAAUGCAUUCUGAAAUACAAAAUGUGAGUUGUGGACACCAGCAUUUUGUUCAUGUUUUGGUAAAACAAGCAUAUUUGCUUUGUUUGGGUUUAAAAUAAGCUCUGAAAAUAAAUGUUACAAAAAUUAGUAGCUUUGGCCAUUUUCAUUUUGUAAAAGUAGCUCUCACAAGGAAAAACGUUGGUGACCACUGUUGUAUAGCAUUGUAGGUAUUUUUAUACAUAUUUUUAAAUUUCCACAGUGGAUGAUGUAUAAUUACUAAUGGGAAAAAAAUCAGUCAUAAAAAUUGGUUGGAUUAUUAGUAUCUACGAAGGUAUACUAUUUGGUGUUGAUCCGAAUUUGGAUUGCUUGGUGUUAGUGGACAUUUAUUGUCAAAUGAGUGCUGUAGGAUAAUAUUGUUUUAUUACACACAUAUCACCAAAGAAUGAAAACAUAAGAUAUUUUGGCACCGGUGGUCUGAUGAAAACUGUUAUAAAAAGGCUUAGGGGACUAGCGAUGAGGGCUGCUGGUCAGGAAGCCACAGGAGGACAUUAGGAGGGACAGCUAGCCCGGAUAUCCGAAGAAUGUGAAAUUAUUCUGACAGAUUUAUUUUUCAGUACAUUUUGUAAAUCUAAUACCAGUGUGUGAGUCUUUUUUCCUUCUCCUAGCUGGAGAGUAACAGACAUGUAAGGGGAGGUCAAAUUGGCUUAAUGAAUUUUCUAAAGUUUCUUACUUUGACCUUUAGUUGGUUGCAGAGAAUUUAAUCUCCAACAGUGCCAUUCGAGUUGGUACGUUUUUUUUCUUCCUGAUUGGUAGAUGUCCCUAAUGGGUCCUGUACGCUUCUUUGUUUCCAAGAUCAUCUUUUACACUACCAUAUGCUAUGAAAUGUACUCUGGACACAAAAAUGUUAGGUGCAUCCAAAUAACAGCAAUAUUAUGCACUGACACUUUUACAUUCUGGUUUAAAUUGUAAUGCACUAAUGUAAUUUAUUUUUUCAUUGAAUGUAAAUACAGCACUUUUUCAAGAAGUUGCAUUUCAUUUUGCGUUGUUUUGCACAAUAUUGAGUAUCUCUAAUUCUAAUCUAUAAGAAUGUUUCAAAGCAGAGAAGUAAUUUUCACAGUAAAAAAAAAUCAACAUUUUCUGUAUCUUUGGUUUUAGUGAUUUUACAAUGUGUUGAUACCACAUGGGGAGGGGGGGGGAAACAAAGUAAUCAGCGGUUAAAGUUGAAACAGGAAGCGAAUACAUUACACAAAAAUGUGAAUUGAUAAUUGUUAGCUUUGUUCAUUGCGCUGUAUGUAUUUGAAACAGGUUUCACACUGUCACACAUAGGGUCAAUAGCCUUCAGGGGCCUGUACUACGAAUCAGGUUUAAAGUGCAUAUGACACAAAAAAUGGUUGAAAAAAGCAAUAACAAAAUAAAAGUACUGACUUAAUCAAAUGUUUUUGUCAUACUGCUGUCAUCCGCCAGUAAACAACUACAAAAUAUUAGUGAAAUGAAGUCGUGAUUAUCAAAUGUUUCCCCUGCGUGGUUUCUCGGCUUUGACGUCACAUCGAGAGCCAAACCAAAGCCAUGGACGCACAGCAAAUUGAAGAAAGAGAAAUAUUCA